AUGACCGACCUUGUUUUCCAAUCGCGCUGGGACUGGCUUGAGCAGGAGCACGGAAUGGAGUUCGGGAACCCUGGAGGUGAAGAGAUUGUCGUUCGCGUGGAUUCCCUAUGGUACAGCGGCGCGUCUAUGAACCUUGUAUUGGAGUCGAUUCAAAAAAGCCUGGCAAAUCGCUACAUGUCAGGCGACUUUCGCAACCCCAUAUCUGCGCCCGUAGAUGGGCAUGUCCGUAUUAAGAUUGGUUAUAGGCUCUGGGAUUUUGAUCGCUACUUUGAUGAAUUCGAGAAGGAGCAUCCCGCAAAAAUCAUCGAGCGUAUAAGACAGCUUCUCUUGCCCCUAGCCACCCGCGAGCCGUACAAGGACACCACCGUCUGGGGAAGAAUGGGCGACGUGUCCGUCCCCAGCAUGGUGAUUGAAAAAGAAGAAACAUAA